UAGUGUGGUGCCCGGAGAGUUGUCAAGGUUUUGGUUGUAGAGAAGGAGGCAAGGGCGGCUAAGGUAGUAAAAUGCCGAAUAAACCUAAAAAAGACAAGGACUCUUCCAAGUCUGGCAAAGGGAAGGGAGGGGGACAGGAGAAUUCAGAGCAUGAGCAGAGUUCAAACAGGAAGACGAACAACAGCAUUCCUCCCACCACUCAGCUGCUAAAGGGGAAGCAGCCAGGUUCUCAGACACCUGUCAAAAAGGACAAGCGGCAGAGCUCCUCUCGCUUCAGCUUGAGCAACAACAGGGAGCUGCAGAAACUGCCAGCUUUCAAAGACGUCCUCCCCGCAGAGCAGGAGAAGCUGUUCAUCCAGAAGCUGCGUCAGUGCUGUGUCCUCUUCGAUUUCGUCUCCGACCCACUGAGUGACCUAAAAUGGAAGGAGGUGAAACGAGCUGCACUGAGCGAGAUGGUGGAGUACAUCACCCACAACAGGAACGUCAUCACCGAGCCCAUCUACCCAGAAGUGGUUCAAAUGUUUUCUGUGAACAUGUUUAGGACCUUGCCACCAUCGUCCAACCCCACCGGAGCAGAGUUUGACCCAGAAGAAGACGAGCCAACGCUAGAGGCGGCGUGGCCACAUCUACAGCUCGUGUAUGAAUUUUUUCUACGAUUCUUAGAGUCACCUGACUUUCAACCUAACGUUGCCAAAAAGUACAUUGACCAGAAGUUUGUAAUGCAGCUCCUAGAUCUGUUUGAUAGUGAAGACCCCAGAGAAAGAGAUUUUUUAAAGACCACUCUGCAUCGCAUCUAUGGCAAGUUCCUGGGCCUGCGAGCGUACAUUAGGAAACAAAUUAAUAACAUAUUUUAUACGUUCAUUUAUGAGACGGAGCAUCACAAUGGAAUAGCUGAACUACUGGAAAUACUUGGCAGCAUAAUCAACGGAUUUGCAUUACCACUAAAAGAAGAGCACAAAAUUUUCCUCCUGAAAGUCCUGCUGCCUUUACACAAAGUGAAGUCUCUCAGUGUGUAUCACCCACAGCUGGCCUAUUGUGUGGUUCAGUUUCUAGAGAAGGAUAGCACUCUCACAGAACCGACAGUUAUGGCUUUAUUAAAGUAUUGGCCAAAGACCCACAGUCCAAAGGAAGUGAUGUUCCUCAACGAGCUGGAGGAGAUUCUGGACGUCAUUGAGCCUUCAGAGUUUGUCAAAGUGAUGGAGCCUCUUUUCCGACAGCUUGCCAAGUGUGUGUCGAGCCCACACUUUCAGGUAGCGGAGCGGGCUCUGUACUACUGGAACAACGAGUACAUCAUGAGCCUGAUUAGUGACAAUGCAGCAAAGAUUCUGCCCAUCAUGUUCCCAUCCCUUUACCGCAACUCCAAGACCCACUGGAACAAGACCAUCCACGGUUUGAUCUAUAAUGCCCUGAAGCUCUUCAUGGAGAUGAAUCAAAAGCUGUUUGAUGACUGCACCCAACAGUUCAAAGCAGAGAAAAGCAAAGAGAAAAGCAAAUGGAAGGAGAGAGAAGACGCUUGGCUGAAGAUUGAGAAUUUAGCAAAGUCGAACCCACAGUUUCUGGUGAACAUUGACCCUCCAGAAUCAGGCGGUCCGAUGGACAUGGAGACGGAUGGACCGCUCCUAGACGACGUCAACUUGUUGAAAAAAACGGUAGAGGAGCAAGCCUUACAGAUCCAAAAAGAUCAGCGGAGAGAGCGCCCUUUAAUGAGGAGGAAAUCCGAGCUCCCGAAAGACAUCUCCACCGUCACAGCCUUGGAGUUGCACCGAAGAGCCGAGGAAAUGCUGACGACACACGACGGCCAUUAAGAGACCACCGCAAACCGGCAGCGGCAGCAUCCACAGAGGAGCCACGGGCCCACGGAGGGCCAGCACGACCACCGAGCUCUGGUAUCUCAGUGCAGCCCGGCACAGAACAGAACAGUCCCAGCACCGCCCGACGCACAAAAUGUCUAAAGCUACACAUUUAAGCUCAAUUCAACUUUGUUUUUUGGUUUGGGGGGGAGCAGCGCUCGUCCCUUCAGCUCCUUUCUCCUUCCUUCCCGCCCGAUUGCAGGAGCCAUGCUGGAUGCUCUCGCAUGACACCACCACACCUUCCUGAACUUUUACCCAAGAAGAGCUUUUAUCCCCUUUUCCUUCUCACUCUUUCUGUUUUCCUGUCUCAUUUUGUUUUGUAGGGGUACAGUGCUGCCCCCUUCUGGUCAUUCUUCUCAACUGUCGUGCUCUCGUUAGUCUCUUUAUAGACGUCAGGUGCUUGCAAAAACAAAAAGAGCCCCAAGAUGUAACCACAACAAAGGCCAUCAUUGGUUUAAUCCUUUAAAAGAAGAAUAUUAGUUGGUGAAACAUGUCAGAUGUUCAUAUAGAUAUAUACAUAUUGAAUAUUAGAUAUUUUUGUCAUAACAUUUGAACAAGACAAUUGUUUCUAUUUUUCCCUACGUAGUAUUUUGAUGGCUUGUUUCAUAUUUCUGUACAACAUCUGUGCUUGCUGUGGUUUUCAUUCUCUUUCUAACAGCCCACCUGACGCUUGAGUGGGUCUAGAUUUAAAUCCACGCAGCACGGUCGCAUUAGCAAACAGACAGAUGUCCGGUUUUUCUUCUUCUGUGUAGUUUGGUGCCAACAUGGUUCAUUAAUGAGCUCUUUUGUUAGGAAAGCUAUUGUUUUGAACUGUAGUCAGGUUAUUUCAGGUUAGCCACGGUGUUUGGUCUGUCUAAGCCUGGUUUAGUUCCACGGAUGGGAUUUAUUUUUAGUUUCUUCUUCUCUUCCAGUCAUUUUAGGAUUUUUAACGUUCAGAACGAGUCAUGUUCGUUCACGUGAGAGGCUCAGCAGACUCGGUGGCUCGCGUCGAACUUCUAGCGGUUUACCGACGCCGGUGGAGUUUUUAUUUCUCAAACACCUGGCAGAGAUUGGAUUGCUUCACAGAAGAGGCACGCUGAGUUUGAAGCCUUUCUUUUCACAGUGCCUUUUUGUAGUGGAAGGGGGAUAAAAUGCCAGACGGUUAGAAAACUGUGCUUCGAAAAACAGAAAAUCGGACGUGUUUAAGUGUAUUCUUGGCGCACCUCAAGCCGCUCGGACCCCAACACCUGUCUUGUUGUUGGAUUUUCCAGCAGGCGGGGUGGUCUCCCCUCUAACCAGUUCAGCAGUUAAGCACUUCCUGAUAAAACUUGAAAAAAAAAAAAAAAACAAAGAAGAAAAAUAAAGUA